CUCUUCUUCAUUGUUUUCAGUAGUCAUUACUCACAUAAAUUGAUAGAGAAGAAGAAGAAGAAGAAAGAGAGAGGAAUUUGUGAUAGGGCUUCACCUAACAAUCAUGGCGUCUGGCUUUUCAACCAACGACGGAGUCGACCAGCAGGUGUUGGUAAAAGAGAACUUGAAUGCGAGGACAUUAAUACUGAAUAGGCCCCGACAAUUGAAUGCCCUAUCAUUUCAAAUGGUUGCUCGGUUACUGGAACUUUUUCUUGCUUAUGAAAAGGAUUCUAGUGUCAAUUUACUUAUUUUGAAGGGAGAAGGAAGAGCAUUUUGUGCUGGUGGGGAUGUUGUAACUGUGGCUCAUGCUGUUACUAAAGGUCACUGGAAAUUAGGUGCGGAGUUUUUCUGGACUGAGUACAUCUUAAAUUAUGUUAUGGCAACAUACAGAAAACCCCAGGUUUCACUUCUGAAUGGAAUCGUCAUGGGAGGCGGGGCUGGAGCUUGUAUACAUGGCAGAUUCCGUGUUGCAACGGAGAAUUCGGUGUUUGCUAUGCCAGAAACAUCACUGGGACUAUUCCCUGAUGUAGGUGCUUCUUUUUAUUUGUCCAGACUCCCUGGCUUUUUUGGGGAAUACGUUGGUCUUACUGGAGCAAGGUUGGAUGGUGCUGAAAUGCUUGCAUGUGGCCUUGCAACUCACUUUGUCCCUGCCAUGAGAUUGCCUUCACUGGAAGAUGCAUUGUUUAAGGUGGGCUCAUCCGAUCCUGCAGUUGUUUCUGCAAUUAUUGAUAGGUUCUCACAGCAACCAGUUCUGAAGGACAAGAGUGCUUACCACAGACUAGAUAUUAUUGAUAGGUGCUUCUCCAGAAGGUCAGUUGAAGAAAUUUUAUCUGCUCUUGAGGGAGAGGCUGCAAAGGGCACUGAUGACUGGAUCUCUACAACAAUUCAAUCAUUGAAGAAAGCAUCACCAAUGAGUCUUAAAAUUUCUCUCAGAUUGAUCAGAGAAGGGAGGCUGCUAGGUGUCGGGCGAUGUCUUGUUCAAGAAUACAGGGUCAGCUGUCAUGUCUUGCGGCAAGAAGUCAGCAAGGAUUUCUUUGAGGGUUGCAGAGCCUUAUUGGUGGAUAAGGACAGAAACCCCAAGUGGGAACCCUCUCAGUUGGAGCAAGUUAGUGAUAACAUGGUGGAACGAUAUUUCUCCAAAGUAGAUGAUGAGGAAUGGGAAGAUUUAAAGUUCCCAGCUAGGUCCAACCUGCCAGUCUCAGCUAUGGCAAAGCUUUAAAUUCAUUGUACACAACAUUGCAAUUAGCAGAAAGCCAGUUAAAAUUCUGUUGAGCAGUGGACUGUGGGGCAUCCAUCCAUCACAUAAUAAAGGGGAAGUUAUCAUCCUUUGCCAGACUAGUCUACAAACUUGUCAGGAAAAGAUUUGCCAAGAUCACAGUCGAUGAAGACAUCAAUGAAAAUAACCAUUCUAUUUGAACAAGAUGUCCAGAAAAAUUGACUUUUUAAAUCAAAUCCAUAUAUGUAGAAAACCAAAGCACGGUUUCAAAAGGAAGGCUUGGUUGUUUAUGGAUA